GAGCUGGGCGUAAGAAUGCCACCACAGACUCCUGCAUCCUCACCCCCUAUAAAUCCACCGGCGUCUCAGCUCUCCUCGACGAGGACGGAUAACAGUGCAACGAAGAAGUACUCUGCUUUUGGAUCAAGAACUGAAGAACAGAGAUCGGAGAACCGAUCGAUGGCUACGUUCGCGACGUCGACGGCGGCGGUCAUGGGAUCGGCUCGCCCGGGGCGGGUGGCCGGGCCUCGGCGGUGCGUGGCGGCGCAGGCGUCCUCGACGAUUGCGGCGGUGGCCGUGGGGAGGACGCACUACGAGGUGCUCGGGGUGGGCUCCGGGGCCAGCAGGGGCGAGAUCAAGGCAGCGUACCGGCGGCUGGCGCGGGAGGUGCAACCGGACGCUGCUGUUGGCGGUGGCGAUGAGGGGUUCAUCCGGCUGCAUGCGGCCUACGCCACGCUGGCCGACCCCGACGAGCGCACGCGCUACGACCGGGACGUGGCCUGCCGCGCCGCGGGGAUGAUGAUGCGGCGGGCGGCUGUGGCCGGGCCGGCAUUCUGGCGGAGGACGUGGGAGACAGACCAGUGCUGGUAGGACGUACGGCCUGGCAAACGCGGCUGCCCUCCGGGACCCCAACCGGCGGCCGCCCGGUUUGCUCAGGCACGGCGCUGAGAUGGUCUUUCCGACUGCCUUGCAACGUACGAUCAGAUUGGACGGUGCAGAUUGGGUGACGCAGACGCGGGAGCUCUGUACACUGCAAGAGGCGUUUUUAAAGAUCUCUUGUGCGUCCGGUCAGCAAAAUGCAAAUAUGUACUGUAGCUCUCUUUGGUAAUAGGAGAAAUUAGUUACCUCCAUGUCGGGCGUUUAUUCCUCCAAAGUUGCCACAGUAUAAUAAUCCGUGUCAGUCAUUCC